AUGGAAUCCAUUGGCCCAACUCCUACGACCGUACUCCAUGAUGUGAAAACCGACAGCCAACCACCUAAUUUCCUCGUUUUCCUUGAACAUGUUGCCCAAACGCUCCAGGAAGCCGGAGAGCUUCCACGACCGGAGGCAGACUAUGCCAACGUGGUGGAAGGUCUCUCUGAACAGUUUCUUGCCGCGUUUCCCUCCCCAGCCACUUCUAUGCAGUGGUCUUUGUUGGACGAGAAAGUCAGGCUCGUCGUUGGGACCCUCAGACUCAUACGACUCGCGUCGUUACGCGUUCAUACCCUCUACCAUGGCCCGACGCUUGCGCGGACUAUAUUCAUACGGCUUCUCAAUCUCUCCAUUUUGCUUGAGUGGUGGCAGGACGAAGACAUUGGCGAGGAAAACGGUGUUAUGUCCCCACACGAGUUGCAGAAGAGUGCUAUGGAGACGGCCAGCUAUGUGCUCAGGAUUUUAGGGGACAGUAAAGGCACAUUUGCGCGAUCUCCAGUACCCCUUUGGAAGACAAUGCGAGAGAUUAUGAUGGAGGGCUCAAAGGUGGUUUCCGAUAUCCUGGCGCGUUCCGCCAUCCUCAAAUUCCCUGUUGCUAUUACCCUUUUUGCUUCGGUACCAGUCAAAGAUCAAAGCACACCUUCGUCUCAGGACUCCAAUAUAACCGAACAGGCUUUCACGGUCACCAUCGAGUCGGCCGACCAUAUCGCAACAUUUCUAGCAAACACACUUUUAAUCAUAGCACAGGCCCUCCAUCCAUCCCCCAUCUCUCAUUGGUCGACCGUUGACAUUGCCCGUCAAGUUACUGAGUCUAUUGCUCAGACCGUUUUCUUUUGCACCUCACCGUUCUGUGCAUCGUCUCUGGAGAGUCGUGUGCGGACAGCGCUCAAAUUGAUCCGUGUUCCCCUCGAAUUUUCGAGGCAUAUCCCCAACUUGCCACUCCACCUGUUGCGUUAUCGACUCCUCGAGUGUCCUCAUACCGGUUGGGAUGCCGUUGACGUGGAAAUACUCGAAACUUUUCGGGCCAUGACCUUUGUCUCGCCUCCUCUCGGGGACAUCAAAGAGCUCUUAUCUAUCAUCAAGUCGUCUGGCUGGGGUCAAAUGUCGCCGAGCUGCAAGGCUCUUGUCGUGGGAUAUACUAGCUGUUGUGUCACCAAUCUCCCAAUCGAUGUUGUCCGUUUACUGCGCCAGCUCCUUCCACAUGGACUCGAAUGGGCAAGAGUGCGUAAGGAUAUUGCUGGCAAGAUGGCAAUGGAACGCCAAACUCUAGUGGGAGCCUCGUCAUGGCGCCAUCAAUUGAAAGGUCUUACGCAAGAGAUUAUAUUUCCUCUCACUAUUGAUUGGAUGGAGGGAGAAGAGGGCAUGGGAGAUAAUGAUUAUGCUCAGCGUGCUCUGGACGACAUUGCUUCUCGUUUUUCUCGGGAGUUGAUGGACUCGGAUGCCGAGUCGAGAUUCGUAUUGAUCGACAAGAUGAGCACCUGUCUAUGUUCUGCAGGAGGGUGUGAUUCCUCGGGACAUGUCCAUUCCAAGACCCGGUUUCUACUUUCGCUCGACGCUACUGUCGUUUUCGUCGCACGCGUUAUUGAUGGUCCGGCAAACGAGGCGACCAAUCGUGUAAAACGCCGUGCUCUCAAUGUUCUUGCUGUAGGGAUGCAUCAUCAUUGUGGUGACCUCCCUGGGCCGAUGAUUGAUCGCGCUUGGAAUCUUGUUUGGAUGGGAAUUGCCGACCUAGAUCGCAAUGUCCGACUUGCCGCCGGAUCUGCUCUUGCAGCUUUCAUCGAGCUCUACGUACACAAGGUUGCUGAUGCCGUCGCUCGUUUACCCAGCAUCUUUGAACAGCUGCGAGAAGUAGUUAGGGACAACAGUACGCCUGUCGCAGAGACGUUGUUUAUUGCUGUUGGAUCACUAGGAAGAAUUCAGCAUUUCGAGCUACUGGGACAAGCCCUUACGUUUCUGAUUGGUCAACUCGGUAACUCAAACCCCGUCCUCAAAGGUACUGCCUGCAUGCAGCUGCUUGCUAUUGCGGAACACCAUAACAAGACAAUUUAUGCCCUUUCCCUCCCGCACUUCCACGAAAUCGCCCCUUUCCUUGUCCUGCGAUUGUAUUCGCAACCCGGGCUUCUCGUCGAAGCAUGUCGUCUGUUGAACACCCGACCUCAAGACUUCAUUGAAAUCAAUCUAGCUCGUACCUUGCCCUAUGUGUUUGCUCAUUGUGACGACCGUGCCAUGCAAGAGGUAGCUCAAAUCCUGCACAAGAAGCCGUCCGUCGUUUUACUUCGCCACACCCCGGAGAUCUUGGCCCACAUUUUUCUUCUUCCCGGUCAAGGUCAGACGGAGAAGAGUCUCGCUUGUCUCUUGAAGGUGCUCAGAGAUUCAGCAAACAAAACAGAAAUCGAUCUACAUAGCGUCGUUAAGAGCUCGAUCGUUCAACUGCUCGCGUUGCUGGUUGUGGUCUUAGGUGACGAGGACCCUCGAAAGGCUGAUUGUGCCCUUCCUGCAUUGAAGAAGGUGGAGAAAGUGAUGAUGAAUGGAGACCACGAUCUACUGGAGUCGAAUUUGUCCCAUUUUCUCAAGAAUUACAUGCUGGGAGUUGUCACGGAUGUGAACGACAUGCUGCGCGACGCUCGCGGCAAAAUUCAGUUGGUAACGAAACGACGAAUUUUGAAGAGUUUGGGUCUCCUCGUUAGUCUAAUCGGGGCCGGCAUCAGCAACGUUGCGCCGCAAAUCAUGGCUACGUUCCAAACCAUGGUUGUCAUUCCUGAGCUUUCUGAAGUCACCCUUCAAAGCUGGCACACUUUUCUCUCUGCUCAGUCCACGAAAGAUAUUGGUCCUCAUGUCGGCCCAACGAGUGCUGCGUUCGUUGCUUCUUGGCCGGCCCUUUCACCGAACGGUCGUGUUCUAGCUCGAGAAUGUCUCGAGUACAUCGUCAUCAAAUGUGGUUCUCGUUUGGGUUCCUACCUGGACGAUGUUGUCGAACUGGACAGUGUACCAGAACUGGAGCGUGUUGCAACGCGAUUGAAGGAGCUGCGAUCUUCCUGGUCACCCAAAGAAGAACUCGAAAACAUUCUGGAACGUGUCAUCAGCGAUAACCUCACGGUCACCACUCAAUCGUUGGGCGAGCUUAAAACAUUCAUGCGCAAUCGGCGCAAAGACCUGAUUUCAGGAUUAGCCUCUGGCGACAUAUUUGACCCACUCAUUGGAAAGCUUCUUUCAGCCUUGUUUUCUGCCGCAUCUCGGGAAGGAGAUGGGACCGAAUCAGCGCGGCUGCUUGCGUUCGAAUGUAUCGGUGCAUUGGGUGCCGUUGACCCAGACCGUUUCGAGAUUGGCGUCAACCCGUCCACGAUGGUCAUGGUCACCAACUUUACCAGCGACGAUGACUCUCUUGCAUUCGUUCUUCACUUGAUCAAAGACGUCUUAGUUGGUGCUUUCCGUUCCACGAGCGACAUCCGCUACCAGAACCAACUCGCGUAUUGCAUUCAAGAGCUUCUCAAGUUCUGCAAGUUUACUCCCGCUCUCAUUGGGACCGGCCACAACUCUGUGCCCGUUAAAGUGCGAAAUCGCUGGAAUAGUCUCCCCAAACAUGUCAUUGAAACGGCUGCUCCUCUUCUUGAUGGGCGAUUCGUCCCCGAAGCCACAGCCCAGCAGACGUUAACGCACCCAUUGUACCCUCGCUACCCAACCUACCGCGAAUGGCUUCAAUGGUGGACCUUCCAUCUCAUCUCUCGUGUAACAGGAAAUACUGCGAAAGCGGUUUUCUCUAUUUUUCGUCAAGCUGUGCGGAACAAAGAUGUCGUUGUUGCUCACCACCUACUGCCACAUCUGGUACUGAACGUUAUUCUUUCCGGCACAGGCGACGAUGCCUCCGAUAUCCGCAACGAGCUCCAAGUUGUUCUCCAAGAUCAAGUCGACAAAAACAGUGAAUCUACUGACGAUAAAAAGUUGCUCAGUGCCCAGGUAGUUUUUACUCUUCUUGACCAUCUCAACAAAUGGGUCCGCCUCGUCCGGCAGGAAGUCAGCCACAAGAAAGCGGAUCUCAAGCGACCACGACAUGCAAAUGCUGACCUCGAAGACCAGCUCAUGCGUGUCGAUUCCAUUCUCUCCAACAUCGACCAGCAUCUUAUGGCCCGAGCAGCCCUCAAAUGCAAAGCAUAUGCACGCUCGUUGAUGAACUUUGAGUGGCAAAUUGCAACCGCACAAUCCCGUUCUGCAAAGCGGAAGGACUUGAAUGAGUAUUAUGAACGCCUUCAUGAAAUCUACUCGCAUCUCGAUGAACCCGAUGGAAUGGAAGGCAUGUCAACGCUGAUCCUGGAGCCAACAUUGGAACAUCAAAUACGACAACACGAGAGUACAGGUCACUGGACAUCGGCCCAGAGUUGCUGGGAGGUGCGAUUACAGCAGUCGCCUGACAAUCUCGACUUUCAUCUUGGUCUCCUCCGAUGUUUGCGCAACUUGGGUCAUUAUGAUACAUUGCGAACUCAUGUUCGCGGAGUCCUUACCCGCAAUCCUUCGUGGCAGGAGGCUCUUGCUGGAUACCAGGUAGAGAGUGCGUGGAUGGUGGGAGCUUGGAGUGAUGUUCAGGAACUGGUUGACCGAACCAAAAUUCAAAACCCCUCCAUUGUUAUGGCCCGAGUGCUGCUGGCCAUGCGUUUACGCGAUCCUGAAGCCAUCACAACGACAUUGUCUGUUGCCAGAUCGAUAUUGGGCACUCCCAUUGCGGCUGCGGGUCCCCGAGGUUAUCGUCGCGCCUAUGAUGCGGUCAUGGAUCUACAUCGCACACACGAAUUGGAGCUGAUUUAUGAGGCAUUGAAUUCGUUGCCGACCGGUUCACAAAGACGCUCGCAAAAACGACAGCAAAUUAUCACCCAACUGCAAAGCUCUCUCGCAGGUCGCCUCGAAUCCACUCUCCCAACAUUUCGUGCUAGAGAACCGAUUCUUAGCAUGCGACGGACGGCUUUCGGCUUGAUAAGGACCCCAGGUCAAACAUCUGAGAAGGAAAUCGGUCGCUCGUGGUUGGCCAGUGCAAAAAUCGCACGGAAGGCUGGUCAAUGGCAAACUGCAUACAGUGCGAUGCUCCAAGCUAGGCAAAGCAAUGCCAAUUUUGCAUUCAUGGAGAGUGCAAAGCUCGUCAAAGCUACCGGAGAACCGUUGAGGGCACUACAGGAGCUUGAGAACUCAAUGCGAACACUUGGACUGCUUGACGAUAAGCCGGACAUCAUGGACCUUACAGAGGACGACGACGAAGCCAAGCUGAUGAAAGCCAAAGUGCAAGUUUUACGCGCUCGAUGGAUGAACGAAUCAGAGAGAUACGAUAGUCAAGCCAUCUUCUCUACCUUCUUUGGUUCGACCGAGCUCCAACCUGACUGGGAGAGCUGUCACUUCCAUCUCGGUCGAUUCCAUGACGACUGUUUCAAAAACCUUUCUAAAGAGGACCAGGCUUCGCGGGGGCUUCGUAUGAACGCGUCGACAGUCAAGUCAUAUGCACGCGCUAUUCGAAACGGGUCAAAAUAUGUAUACCAAACUGUCCCCCGCCUGUUGACCAUAUGGCUUGAUCUUGCUGAGGAUCCCAGGACGAGGCAGCAGCAGACCUUUCAACGAAUGAAUGACGUCAUUUCGAAAAUCAUUCGAGAUGCUCCCGUCUACAAGUGGUACACCGCCUUCCCUCAGAUCGUGUCCAGAGUAGGUCACGGCGACAACCAAGAAGACGAAGUAUACAAGAAUCUCGCUCGAUUGAUUGGUCGAGUAUUGGAGGAAUAUCCGAAACAGGCGCUUUGGUUGUUUAUGGCUGUCGUCAAAUCGACCAAGAAAGAGCGUCAAAUGAGGGGCCAAGAUAUUCUCAAGCGCCUCAAGAAUAACCCUAGUUCCACUAGCAACGGCGUCGCCCAUCUCGUCAAUGAAUGCGAAGCCAUGACGUUCGAGCUCUUGAACCUAUGUGACUACCCCAUCAGAGACGGCGACGAUGGGCGAACGCUGUCGAUGCGCAAAACAUUCCCGAAUUUAUUUAAGCGCGGCAAGUCGGACUUGAUCAUACCGCUGCAAGAAUCUCUCACCGCCAGCCUACCCCCGACGUCGGCGUUGGCCUCAGAGCAUCAGCCGUUUCCUCCAGAUGCUCCAACAUUUGAAGGCAUGUUUCUACUGAUUAUCGGCCCCCAGUUCUUCGAUGAGAUUGAGGUCAUGCGAUCACUUGCGAAACCUCGAAAGAUCACGAUGAGGGGGAGUAACGGGCAAAUAUACAUGUUCCUAGGAAAACCGAAGGAUGACCUGCGCAAAGAUGCACGACUAAUGGACUUCAAUGCCAUCCUCAACAAGCUACUCAAGUCGAAUUCGGAGUCUAGACGUCGUCAAUUGAGAAUCCGAACCUAUGGCGUUGUGACUUUGAAUGAGGAAUGUGGGUUCAUCCAAUGGGUCCCGAAUACGACGCCGCUGCGGCCAGUCCUCAUGAAGCGUUACGACGCCAUGCGAAUCAAGAGCUGGGGGCCCGAGAUGAAUGAGAUCUUCGGACGAAUCAAACAUCUACCAGACAAAGAGGCGGGCGAGCUCUUCAGGACCAAGAUUUUGUCCAUGUUCCCGCCGCUCUUCCACGAUUGGUUCAUUGAAAUGUUUCCGGAGCCAUCAGCCUGGUUAGCAAGCCGUUUGGCAUAUGGCCGGACUGCAGCUGUUAUGUCUAUGGUCGGCUUCAUUCUGGGUCUUGGUGACCGACACAGUGAAAACAUCCUGCUUGAUGUCAAUACGGGGGACAUUGUUCACGUCGACUUCAACUGCCUCUUUGAAAAAGGGAAAACGCUGGAGACACCCGAACGCGUUCCGUUCAGACUAACACAAAACCUUGUCGAUGGGUUGGGCGUCACAGGUGUCGAGGGCGUGUUCCGCAUCGCCUGCGAGGUGACGCUGCAGCUCCUUCGAGACAACAAGGAUGUGCUCAUGAGUGUGCUGGAUGCCUUUAUCCAUGAUCCACUUGUUGAAUGGGAAGAUGAAAAACGCAAGCGGGAGAAGGAGAAGGAAACACGGUCGGGACGGAACACGGUCAAGCCCUCUGUGGAUUUGCGUAUGCUUGGCAAGGAUGCGCUCAAGCCCAUUGAGCGGAAGCUUAAGGGUCUGUACUCACCAACAACGGCCAAGGAGCGCCCGACCUCUAGCGAGAAGGAGGUCUCAACAGAGAAUAUGGUGCAGAUGCUUAUUCAAGAGGCAACAGAGUUGGCAAAUUUAGCAAAAAUGUAUCCUGGAUGGGCAUCAUGGCAUUAG